AUGCUUCCAUCAACAUCAAACAACAAACGAGGAGUAAAACGUAAAGCAACUGUAACGGAGUCAUCAAGUUUGAAUCAAUUGACAGAAGAAGAUGAGUUUAAUUUGUUGUACAACGAUGAUCCGUUCAGUUGGAACUUAUCAACCACAAAAAAAAUACAUCGACCACCAUCAGGAGCUGGUGAGAAUAUCAAUGACCCUGUAAUCAUUGACGAUGAGACGGACAUGAUUGAUACAAGUGACGAGGACGAUUUGGAAGAGUUGAUCGAAGAGAAUGAUGAUCAAUUUGAUGAUGAUGAUGAUGAUUUCGAGGAAUUUAGCACAACUGAUGAGGAGAGUGCUUCCGAUUCUGAUGAUAAUGAAUCUUCUGAUGCUCAUAAUUACAAACACACACUAGAAGCAAUGAAGUUCAUCAUCAAUCACAAGAUUCUUCCAUCAGGGUUCAAACUACAAGGAAACAAGCAAGUUUUGUACUUGUUUGUGCUCAAGAAAGACGGAAAUGCUCGAUUACCAAAUGAUCAACGUCAUCGUUAUUUACCUUUUUGUACUCCAUCGUAUUCGUUCGCAUGGAUACACUGUAAAACCUGGAAAAAUUCUCAAGGAGUGUACGAAAAAUAUUAUAGGUCCAAUUUAGUACCAUUUCGUGCUAUUCAUGACCCACAAAAGAAAAUGAAAUUAUACAUUGAACAAGAAAUGCGUGAAGAAGUCAUUGAGUGUGAUAAACAAUUGAACCACAUGACAUGUCUUUCAACAAGAGUACAACUUCACUCAUCCAACAACAGAAACAUUAAUAACCAUCUCAAUGGAUCAAGGGAGAAGUAUCAAUAUCAAUACAGGCCAAUCCCUAAUCCUCCAGGAGGGAAGUUGAUAAUUCAGCCGUCUCAAGAACUUAUUGGCAAAUGGAAAGAUAAAUUCAAAGAAGACUUCCCUGAUGAAGAUUUGAUAUAUGAAUUCAAAUCAUCGAACCAAGAAGCCUCGUUGAAAAUUAAUCAUUUAGAUCCAUCAGAACACAAUGACAAUGAGAACGAAUCUGUGAAAUUAAUUAGUAACAACGUUGCACGGUUAUUUUUGACCGGACAUAUAGAAAAGUGGUUGAACAAUCGAAGCAACAAACAGAAAUCCAAGACUCUUAAAAUGAGAUUCAAUCAGCAUGGACUAGCUCACAUUGAAUGGUUGAAAGAACAAUUUCCUCAAAUUGAUGACAUAUGCACUUAUGUAUUCAAUACAGUCAACUCUAAAUCAAGAAAGAAAAAGAAGAAGAAUGGUUUUUUAGAAAGUGAAGAGACUUUCCUAUCAGGACUCUCAAUAUUUCUGAAUUAUGCAAUCUUUGUACUCAACAAGCUUCUCAUUCCAGAGGAUUUCUUUCAAUAUUUUCUUGAUACAACCAUUUUAGAUUCGUACUUAUUUGCAUUGAACGAUGAUGAACAACUUCAAUAUCUUUCUCCUAACACUAGAAGAAGAAAAGUAGAAGCCCUUUCUAUAGUGUUAAAUUAUUUAUCUCAAACAAGAUCUUUAAUUCAUAAUUUUGACAUUGGUUCAAAAUUAAUGGAAGCCAAGAGUACUGUUAAUACAUACUACACCAAAACGAACAAAGAACGAGAUGAAUGGCUCGCUAUGACACAUGCAAUGUCACAUCUACAAAGAUAUGGCAAAUACAUGACUCCAAAUAACUUUUGGAAAUGCAUUAAGAGAUCAUAUCAUAUAAUCCUUGCAUGGACUAAAAUGUUUUAUAGUGAACAAUUUACUCAAGAGCAGAAACUCAAGCUUGUCACAUCCAAAGGAAAUCAAUUUAUGGAAAAUUUCAUUUUUUGGUUCAGCAUGUACACUUACGCGAAUCGUGCACAAGUUUAUUAUCAAAGCUUAAUGAAGGAUGUAAAAUGUUUUGAAUUCAAAGAUCCUGUCACACAAGAACAGUAUUAUCAAUUCUAUUUCAUUUUCGAUACAGUUAGAAAUGCUCAAAAGAUGCACCGAACACCAGAUGAAGCUUGUUUUCCUUUAGGUAUUGCUAAUUGCUUGCUGAUCCACUUCUAUACUGAAUUCCUACCAAUUUAUAUUGAUUCACAUGAUCAUGAAAAACUAGCAUUAGCUUAUACUCCAUCAAAAACACCCAUAACAAUUCAUAAUUCAAGAGGAAAAGGCUUUCGAGAGCUGUUGAAGCGAGUAACAAAGGAACACGGUAAAGUUGCACUCAACAACCAAUUAAUAAGAACACAUUAUAACUCUCACAUAAAAGAUUUGAAAAACCUAUCAGCCAAAGAUUUGGUCAUCCUAGACAAAGGAAUGAAUCAUUCUAGAAUCACAGCAGACAAACAUUAUAGAAUUUUUCAACAACCAUCAACUGAAAAUGGAAAUUCAAUCAUCGACAACCAAAUCAAUGACAAAAACUAUUCUACAAUCCAUCACAAAGAAUUUCAAAAAAGGUUUAUCACAAACCUUUUAGACAUGAAUUUGACAGAAUCCGAGAUUUUACAUCUCGAACACUUUGUAGAGUUUUUAAAAUCUAAACGAACUAGCAGUAACCAUGACGAAAUUGAGUAUGAAUAA